AUGACUGAAACAUCAGAAGAACGCCGUAAAAGACUUAACCGCGAACGUCAGCAACGAUAUCAUAAGAAAUUACAACAAACAAGUAGUACAAAUAGUACAGAGAGAGCUCGGAAGGAAAGAAAGACUCCUGUAGAUUAUGAUAGAUGUAAUCAGGCAAAUGAACAGGUAAGUAUGCGUUAUGAUGUUGUUAAUGUUCUAACCUCUUCUUCAAAAUAUCUUGCUGAAACUGCUUCUAAUGAAACAUCAACCCUUACAGCAUGGUUCAAAGCCAACUCUGAUUAUCCGGAUGCUCGAAAUCUUAUAUAUGAAAACUUUUCAUCUCAGUGGGUUUUUGAUAAACGCGCAAAAUUAUGGAAACCAAGAAAACCACAACUACGAAAUUUGUUCGCUACUCUUCUUUUGUUUUGUGAUCUAUUACACCCUGAACAACUUUGGGAGAAGUAUAUUUAUUUUUUUAGUGAAGAUAUUCGUUUUCAUACUAACAAUAAUAAUGAACAUCCACUUACUCAAGCUGAGAUACACAAUUUAGCUUUACUCCACUUACAAUCAAUUUUACGCAGGCACGGCAAAUCACUCGCAAACUUUCCUAAUAUGCCAAUACCAAUUACACUCGACGAUACUAACUCACUAAUUCAUGAAGAACAAAAUUAUGAUAUUGAUGAGUUAAUACAUAUACUUGAACAUGGAAUACCUCAAUUAAACGAAGACCAACUUACUAUUUUCAAUAAAGUCAUCAACGCUGUAGAAAGCAAAAUCCUUCCGUAUUCUUCGUUGACGGUCCCAGUGGAACAAGAAAAACAUUCCUUUAUAAAAGGUCGAAUACCUACCAUUGGACCAGAACACAAUAAAAUUCAACUUUCAGAAGAUCUUAUUUUACCUUUUCAACAGUUAAAUGAUCUUAUACAAUUUGUCUAUCCUGAAUUUUCUUCGCAUUCUGAUUCUCAAUAUUUAGUUGAACGUGCAAUACUUACACCUAAGAACGAAUACUGCCAAUACGAUUGA